CACACAACAGUGCCAGACAGCGGAUGCGUGGACGCGCGGGUGUACUCAGCCCCCGACCACCCCGCUGUAUCCUAUUUGUCUACUUGUUGUCAUGGAGGAGCCAAGAUGGCGGUCCUGGCCUAUAGCCUAGGCAAACGGGAAAUAAAUCAGUAUUUUUGUAUUAAAAAUGCUAAAUUAUUAUCUCUCGUUGCCGUCAUCCUACUCACCGUGUUUCACACAGUUUCUCGGUAUUAUGGAGGCGGAGACACAUGUGAGUGGUUGCUGUCCAGUGGUCGGUUCUUAGGAGAAAACGUAUGGCAGCCCUAUGGCUGUAUGAUGCACAAAUAUAAAAGCAUUGAAGCAAAGACUUGCCUUGCUGAGAAAAGGGUGGCCUUCAUUGGCGAUUCCAGAAUACGGCAGCUAUUUUAUUCAUACAUACAAAUAAUCGAUCCUACACAAAAAGAGAAUGGAAGAAAGCACGAGAACAUUCCCUUCGAAGAUAGGAGCUCUUCAGUCAAUGUGGACUUCCUGUGGUAUGCAGAGGUGAAUAACUCUCUGAAGGAGCGCUUGAUGUCAUGGACAGAGGAUCCUUCUGUAAAACCAGAUGUCGUCAUCAUCGGAGCUGCCACUUGGUCCAUCAAGUUGCGUAGUGGCAGCAGCGAGGCGCUGCAGCAGUACAGGGCCAACCUUACAGCCAUCUCCUUGCCUCUGGAACAACUGGCUGAGGAUGGGGAGGUCUACUGGGUUUUACAGGACCCUGUCCAUGAGGAAGUUCUGAGUGAUAACAGGAAGAUGAUUACUAACGAGCAGUUGGAUCUGUACAACGAGGCGGCGCUCGGCACUCUGAACAGCAACAAGAAGAACGCCAAAGCCAGAGUCAGGUUCUUGGGUGCCUCGCGCCAGGCUGCCAUGGAAACCAUUGCCCAAUCAGCUGAUGGCCUGCACCUGCCCGAGAACACCCGGAACGUGGGUGCCAUGAUCCUGAUGAACGCUGUGUGCAACAAGGUCCUGCGGCCCAUCCACGGCUCCUGCUGCCAGGCCCUGCCGGCCCCCAGCCUCCUCCAGAAACUGACGGCCUGUGUCUUCCUGGGCUCAACACUGGUAUUCCUGGUGCUUCAUGCUCUGGGCCACAACAGGCACUGGAAGUCCCGGCCCACUCCCCCCGACGUGGAGAGUGGCGAGGAGAAGCCGGCCACGGCGGCGUUGCCUCUCAGCCACAAGGCUCCGUUCCAGGCCAUGUGUAAGAUGGGCCUCAUCAUGGCUUACUUCUACCUGUGUGACCGGGCCGACGUCUUUAUGAAGGAGCAGAAGUUCUACACCCACACCACCUUCUUCAUCCCCCUCGUCUAUAUGUUUGUCCUGGGAAUCUUCUACAGCGAGAACAGCAAGGAGACCAAGCUGCUGAACAGAGAGCAGACUGACGAGUGGAAGGGCUGGAUGCAGCUGGUCAUCCUUAUCUACCACAUAUCUGGAGCCAGCGCUUUCAUCCCGGUGUACAUGCAUGUUCGGGUCCUGGUGGCAGCAUACCUCUUCCAGACAGGAUAUGGACACUUCUCCUUCUUCUGGCUCAAAGGGGACUUUGGACUCUACAGAGUGUGCCAGGUCCUAUUCCGUCUCAACUUCCUGGUCAUAGUUUUGUGUCUGGUGAUGGAUCGGCCGUACCAGUUCUACUACUUUGUGCCUCUGGUCACUUUCUGGUUCGUCAUAAUCUACGCCACCAUGGCCAUGUGGCCCCAGAUACUGCAGAAGAAAGCCAAUGGUAGUGGGAUGUGGCACAUUGGAAUUCUAGUGAAGCUGCUUGGGCUACUCCUGUUCAUCUGCUUCUUUGCGUAUUCACAGGGGUUGUUUGAGAACAUUUUCUCAGUCUGGCCCGUCUCCAAGCUCUUUGAGCUGAACGGAAGCAUUCACGAGUGGUGGUUUAGGUGGAAGCUGGAUCGAUUUGCCAUUAUCCACGGGAUGCUGUUUGCCUUUGUCUACCUGUUGCUGCAGAAGUGCCAGGUCCUCUCUGAAGGGAGAGGAGAGUCUCUCUUCUCCACAAGAAUCUCCAACAUCCUACUCCUCAUCUCUGUGGUCUCAUUCAUGGGCUACUCCAUAUGGGCCAGCAGCUGUAAAAACAAGACCGAGUGCAAUGAGAUGCAUCCCUACAUCUCAGGGCUCCAGAUCCUAGCCUUCAUCCUAAUCAGAAACAUUCCCGGAUACGCCCGCUCUCUAUACAGCUCAUUCUUCGCAUGGUUCGGGAAGAUCUCCCUAGAGCUGUUCAUCUGCCAGUACCACAUCUGGCUGGCGGCGGACACCAAGGGCAUCCUGGUGUUGAUCCCAGGCAACCCCUCGCUCAACAUAAUUCUCAGCACCUUCAUCUUUGUGUGUGUAGCCCAUGAGAUCUCCCUGAUCACCAAUGACCUGGCCCAGGUGGCCAUCCCCAAGGACGGGGCCGCCCUGCUCAAGAGGCUGCUGGCUGCCGGGGUCUUCACCCUGGGUCUACUUCUGAUGUCCAAGAGCGCUGAAGGGAACCAGGGAGAAGGCCACUGAGAUGAGGGGAGGGGGUACCACUGUGGGGGAGAGGUAGACUGAUUUCUAGACUAAUGAGAGUGACUGACUGGUUAGUCUUCCAUGACCCCAGGGUCGUAUUCAUUUGGCACCAAACUGAAGAAAAUUGACUGAUAGAUGUGUUCCAUUGCAAACCUUUUGCUAUGGUUUGCAUCAAUGAAUACGACGGAGUUGAACAGGCCAAGUCAAGGAUAUGGCACUGCUGUCUGUCUCUCUUGACUGCUCUGCUCUGAGUACUGGGGUGAAAGUCAUACACUGAAGAGGAUGAGGUCCCAACUUGGGCCCACACAUCACUGAACAGCACAUUAAUAAGGUACUGACUCCAUACUAUAGACGUUUACAAUGGAAGAAGGGUGAGGUGGGGGUGGAGGAUCGGGGGUAAUGGUGGGUUUGAUGAUGUGUGGAUUUUUUUAACGAAUUGCUCCCCAGAUGACUCCCUAUGCAGUGUACUAGCUUUGACUGGGCUCUGGUCUAAAGUAGUGCACUAUAUAGAGAAGGGUGCCAUUUGGGAUGCAGAUAGAAACAAAUAAAGUUUGCCUUGUGCUGAAAAGUGAGGUCAGCAGUCACCUAGCUCUGAAAUAUAUGUUUUAUGCACAUUAUUUAAUUAUUUAAAUGAAGCUUCUAUUUUAUACAGGGUUA